GACUAAGCUACCUAGCUACAAAGCUUGCAAGCUUAGCUUGGGUGACAAUGACAUUAUUGGAUUGUUGGACGCAGCAAAAUUUCCUGAUGAUUGCCAUCAUAAGGACACUGUUGAACUGGCAAUUGCAACUGUCACAUCUACACCAACAGAAAGUGAGAAUAUCAAUGCUUUUGAGACGUGAAGCAGCGACCGGAGGGCCGAAAGAUAAAAUGCUGACCCAAAAUACUCUCAAUGCCAUUUUCUCUCCUGAAGACAACAACAAGCCAGCACCAACGCCAAUUUUCAAAUGAAAACAAGAAGGCGGAGGCAACCAACAAAAAGUAAAUGGCAACUAAAUCGAGGAAAUAAAUUAAACCAAAAAAUGAGGACGCAAAGUUAGAAAGCAACGUUAUCCAGUAAAUUUAAGAUGGAGAAAUUUGUACUAUAUGGCAAUUAAACUUGCAAUGAAUUGUGGUGCUGAGUACAAAAGUCCAAAAAAGUAUAGAAAUCACAAAACAACAAUUCCCCCAGCAACACAGUCGCAGGCCGCAAACAAUACAGCCAACAGUAAAGGCGAAACUGAAGCGUUAGCAGAAGGGAUCAACAGCCUAUGAUAGACGCACGAUGUGCACGAACAUUGCAGCUAAGCCGGCGAACAGCAGUAGCAGCAACAACAGUAGCAAAGGGAGCAAUAACAAAGAGAUCAACAACAAUAUCCACCAAACAUACAGUGGGAGCCGACGCAAUAGCGUAGCGACAACAAUCGCAGCCAGCUUGGCCGUCAUCACCUACCUGGGCCACCCGGCCGCAUCGCAAGAAUUCACAGCUCCUUCACCGGCAAGUGCAGCGACCACCCUGCGGGAAACUCGUAAUAUCAGCGAUUACGCGACGCAUGAAAUAUCAGCAGCAGCGGCGAUUGCAAAUUAUACUGUAAUUGCGGCGAAUUUCGAUUCGACUUCAGCUGGAAGAGAAACAACGCCAGCGUACGCCAGUACCGCUACCGACAUAGACGUAUCCUCACCAACGACCGUCAAAAGAAACGCGAUAUAUAGCAGCGCAAAUGCCUAUGUGCCUGCAGCGACGUCGACAGCAACAGCGGCAGUGCUUGCUACCACCAUCGGCGAAGCAGAAGCGACUUUCAACGCAUUGGUGUACAACGACUCAUUCACAGAGAGUUACAAUGGCAGCACAUAUAGCGGCAACAAAACCAGCGACGAUGUCAACUUAACGGUACUCAACAUCACCGAUAACGCUGCGCAAAACAACAGGGACAAAUGGUUAAGCCUGUCGAUAUUCAUUGUGAAAGGAUUCAUAUUCGCUUUGAUUAUCUCAGCGGCGGUGCUGGGCAAUGCCUUGGUCAUCAUUUCGGUGCGCCGCAAUCGCAAAUUACGCGUUAUCACGAAUUAUUUCGUCGUCUCGUUGGCCAUGGCAGACAUGUUGGUGGCGUUGUGUGCGAUGACAUUUAAUGCGACGGUGGAGCUCUCAGACGGCAAGUGGAUGUUCGGCCGCUUCAUGUGCAACGUGUACAACAGCCUGGAUGUGUACUUUUCCACUGCGAGUAUUUUGCAUUUAUGCUGUAUCUCUGUCGAUCGAUAUUUCGCCAUUGUCCGCCCACUCGAGUAUCCACUGUAUAUGACGACUCGUACAGUUUACUUUAUGUUAGCGAAUGUGUGGAUACUCCCAGCGCUUAUAUCGUUCACGCCCAUCUUCCUGGGUUGGUAUACGACCGCUGAGCACCAGCGGGAAAUCUUAAUGCAUCCGGAUCAGUGCUCAUUUGUGGUCAACAAAGCGUACGCAAUCAUUUCGAGUUCAGUCAGCUUCUGGAUACCGGGCAUCGUGAUGCUCUGCAUGUACUGGCGCAUCUACAAAGAAGCAGUGCGACAAAGAAAAGCUCUAAGCCGUACAAGUUCGAAUAUUCUGUUGAACAGUGUGCACAUGGGCCACACCCAAUCGACCAACCUCAAUUAUUUGCACCCAGGCGACUGCGAGCUAAGCGCUACGAUAGCGCGCGAGGAGACACAUAGCGCGAUCAGCAAUUUAGAGGAUAUACUGCCACAAACAACAGAUGAAGACGAUGAAAAAGAUGAUUGUGAUGAUUGUGAUGAAUUACGAGUACCAGCUCCGCCGCGUCGGCUCAGCCGCAGUAGCAUCGAUUUGCGGGACUUGGAGCAAGAACGCUAUGAGAGAGUCACGCACACCGACAGCGCUCCAUCAAUGAUCGCACUGCAUCAUGCCGCACAACAACAACCAAAUGGUGAGGCCACGACUCUUAACCCUCAUAUUUGGACAGAUGGGCUUGGGGAACUACAGCAAUCCGUUUGCAUUACGAAACGGUCCGCCUCUCCAAUUAAUUCUAAUCAGAACUCGCCAAAGCAAUCGCCCAGCCAACGACAAAGUUUUAGCAGUAAGCAAUCUCUACAGGUGAGACAAAAAAUGUUGGGUUCAGAGCAAUAUCAACAGAUAUUUGGCAUGAUGAGCGAUGAUAGUGAGACCACCGACUAUUGCGACAAUGUAAUCCAAUUGGGAGUGAAGCAGCAGCAGUUACAGGCUCCAAUAACAUGCCUGCCAAUCGCGGAGGAUAAUAAAGAACUAAAGCGUCUCAUCGAAGACAGUUAUUUGUAUUUUAAGAAGCAAACUAAUAUCCAGAUUGGUGCUGAACCAAGCGAGCAACAAGAGACUGCUGGAAAUCGGAAAUUCCCAGCACAUAGCGAAAGUGAUUUUAUCAAGAUGAAAAACGGUCGCAAUCGCAGUCGUAGUAAUGGCGGCAAUGAAGGUAAUGCCAAAAAGCCGUGUGCUCUAAGUGAUUCUGAGUUCCUCAAGGCACUGACUGACUCCACAAAUAAGCGAAAACAACUAGAAUCACUCACAGAAGGUGUUGUGAAAGAGGAUAAGGACAAAGUAAGAGACAAGGGUUUUACAUUUAAAGGUUUGUUAGCGAAAACGAAACGAUCAAGCACGGAAUGUUUUUCUAUCGAAAAGAAACGCCACCAAGCCACAUCCGAAGAGAUACGCAGCAAUCGUGCACAACUAUUUCGACGGUCACGCAAUCGCAAACUGUCACACAGUUACAACGGAGGCAUGAGCCGGAAACAGGAGAUGCAUUCGCGCCAACACAGUGACACUGACUCAGAGGCCGGUUUCAUCUAUUAUUCGUACACUAUGGGGGAAAGUCAGGAGAGCUCGGCUACGCGCUACAACACUCCUGACAUUUUACUCGAUAUCAAUGUGUUAAACGAACAAACGGAUGACACUAUAAAAGACAAUAUUUCAGUUCGAACACACGAAUUCGAGAUAACUACAUCUCCACACGGACAUAAUAGCUCAGUACAAUUAAUUGACUUAGGAGAUUCUCACGAAGUAGCUUAUAGUGGCUCAGACGACUUCUCGCAAUACACCGACUGUCUAACAGAGUCCCCACAUAUACCAGCUACACCGCCACCAUCACUGUCGCCUUCCUCAUUAACCGAAGCUAUAGUUCCUGAUCAACCCAUUAAAUGCGCCAUUGAACUGCCGGAGAAAAGCAAUAUUCUCAUUACCUCGCGUACUGACCUGGUCGAGCUCUUCCGCUCUCUUAGUUUUCCCAUUGCAGAACUAGGGACUACCACAAUCGAUUCGCCACAUCGUAGGUUCCUUUCGUCGUCCAACUCUACCGAAUCCAAGUCAGGAAAGUCAGCAAAUCAGAUUAAACAGCGACUCAGCACACUCAGUGAUCAAGUUUUAGUGACAAAGAAUAGCACUAACUUUCUCAUGUCCCCACCGACAACACCAAACUUCAACUCCGCACAAAAUCUACCGACAACAAAGGCUAAUGCCUUCCCAAGCGCACUGAGUAACACUGUAAAUGUCUACUUUCUCUCACCACCACCAACAGCAACUCUGCAACCAUUCCCAAACAACUCACCAACAAGCAAUCCCUUCAGCAGUGACACGGCCACAUUAUCCUUGGACGUACUUACCUCAUUGUCAGUGCCGACGUCUCAGAGUCAACAAGCCUUGGCAAUGCACGCAACACCACCACAAAUGUCGCAAUGCAAGUCGCCAAAACCAGAAAUUAUACUAGACUCUACACUCUCGCCCACUUCGUUGCACAGCGGCAGUAAAGGCGACAUCGACGGUGGUGAUAUUGGUCUGCUCACCACCGAUGAGAAAGACUUGACUUCACCGUUAUUCAAACGUCACGACAGCGAGCCAGAAACAACAUCCACAACAAUACGUCAUCGCCCCAGCAUACUAGCAGGAGGCGGAGCUUAUAACGGCAGCAACGGUCAAUCAACACGCAAACGUCAGGCGUCGGUGGUGACGUAUGAUGUCAAUGUCAUUAAUUUCUCACAGGACAACAGUGAUAGCCGUAGCUACAUACCAAUGGGUCGAGUAUCGACCAGCUCAGCAAAGCCGCAGCGGCCAACAGAAGUCGAUUUCUCGCAAAAGUCGUCACUCAAACGACGCGGCGGAAUCUGCAUAUUUGUCGAUGAGGAAGAGGCCAUUAAUAUGAUUGAACAAAAGACUGGUAGUGGCAACCAAGCCAAGUGCAUCACCUUCGAUACUGUGAACGUCGGCUACGAGAGCACCGAUAUGGCCAACUCGAAAGUCAAUAAGGCGGCCGUUAAGUGCCAAUUAUGCGGCGCCAAUAUGAGGCCCCAAUUGCGUUUACCAAUUCCCGGCGGUCAGGGACAGAGUCACAGUCGAAGCGACAAACGUUUCUGGCACACGAAUCGUUGGUGGCACAAACGCAAGAACCACCAACGAAGGUCGGAGGAAUGCCAGUGCGGCGCUACCGGUGGCUCGGUGAGGCCGACGAAAGGCUGGAAAGCUGAACACAAAGCUGCUCGGACCUUGGGUAUCAUAAUGGGUGUAUUCCUGCUUUGCUGGCUGCCUUUCUUUCUGUGGUAUGUAAUAACUUCCCUGUGCGGUGCGGCCUGCCCUUGCCCGGAUGUGGUCGUCGUGGUGCUCUUCUGGAUUGGCUACUUCAACUCCACACUGAACCCUCUGAUCUACGCCUAUUUCAACCGGGACUUUCGCGAAGCGUUCCGUAAUACACUGGAAUGUAUGAUUCCAUGUUUGCGCAAGCGCAACCCCUACGACGCCUACUACGUGUAGUAUGCCCAUGUGGGAAGUAAGUUUGUGUUCCUCGUCCAUGAUACACCGCAUGCACACAGGCAUAGCAGCAUGUGUACCAUGGAACAUUUGUAGUGUAAUAUCAGCAGCUCGUGCUACUCUCUACCUUACUCAGCAAACGAGAGCACUUCAAACAGUUUAUGUGAUAUGAAUUUGUAAGUUAAAGUUAGCGAAAACAUCAAUAUGUAAAAUUCUAAGUAAGCCCGAAUGAGCCACACAUUCAUACAUACUGCAGAGUAUACCAAUGGACGUUGAAAAAGUAUGUACUUAAAUAUAUUUAGCUAAUUAUAAUAAUGUAUUUGAACUUGAGCAAACAUGUGCGAUUGCAUGCGUAGAUAGCAUCACCUCAUAAUACUUAGUCAAAGAUAAAUUUUGAAUUAAGUAUUCAAAUGCGCAUAUGUAUAGUAUGUGUUAAAUUGAUGUACAUACCAUACGUAGUUAUCAGAUGUGCUAGUUAAAUAGAUAUGUAGUCAAAAAGCAAUACUUGUAUAAACUAUCCAAGCGGAUCUUGUUCAAAUAUCGUAUGUAAUAUGCAUUAUGAGUAUGAGUUUAGUUAUAAAAAUAUAAUUUAUUUGAUAUUUAUGGAAAUAGAAAAUUAGGUUAGGUCUAAUGAGCCAUAGAUCUGCAAAGGAAAGGUGAGGGUAUAUGGAUUGACCGAGUUAAUGUGCGUCCCUUAUUCGUUUAGCAAAACCAAAGCUACAAAGUGGAUACUUAGCUGCUUUCGCCUGAAUAUAGAAUAAAGGGGGUUCCCACUAUAUUCUCAAAUAACUGCCUCCUUCGACAUUUCUUAGAUUUUCAAAGGUUUCCAUGCGGUAAGAGCCAUUACGCAACUUAUGCAAUAUACUCCCAAGUUUUCUACAAAAGAGGCUGUUGCGCGGCAUCGACUAUAACCGCAUAAGCGGUGUCUACGCCAGUAAAGAAGAAGGUUCUACUAUUCUUGUGUAACUGCCGAUUGACGGAGUAGAUGGGUGACAGCCAACUGAGUGGCGAAGCGCUUUGGAGUUACUGGCAAAUACGGGUAUUUUGUAAUCCCUCUUACCUACGCACAAAAAUUAUUUAGGAUCCCUGCAGUGAAAUAAACUAUUUGGUAACUAUAUAACUGUCAAGCAAGAACCACACGCCCUAUUAGGCAAUGAAGCAUCUAGUAUCGUACAAGCAACUGGAAUUUUUUAAAUAGUUGACUUACACUACCAGUACUAAUUUUGACGGCUUGAAGUUUUAUUUAAUUUUACUUUACGUAUAUUUAAUCGUAUUAAAUCGUUAAUGUCAAGAAAUUAUAACAUUAUAACAGUAUUUGCGUUUAUAAAUGGUUUUAUAAUUGCAAAAAUCCGUUGUCCUCGAACCAGUUCAUUUUCGAUUCGCAUUUUUCCUAACUAGUUCGUUCCUUCACCGCAGGGAUUUGUGCACAGGUCGUGGGAAUUGUACAAGAAAGAAGUAGAUCUGCAGAAUGGUGGUAGUUAAAUAUUAAAUGUAUUACAGAGUUACAAAAUAAAGUAUUAAAUGUACCGCAAUGAGUUGAUGGCAUAUUGCAAAACCAAAGUUGCAUACAAAUAUUUAAUAUUUAAGUGGAUGUGUUAGAAAUAUUACUAUUUACAUGUGUUUCGAUAUAUCUACUAUAUAAAUAAAUACCAUCAGAUAGACCAAACAAUUAUUUAUAUCAAUAACUGAGCAAAUUACAGUAUUUAGUGAUUGCGGCAGAGCAGAAACGUUAUCGAUUGCGUAACUAAAUUGUAUAUUCAUGUAAAUUUAAGUUAUGAGUAAGCUUGCUUAACCUAGAAAACAUUAGAUACGCAAGCGACGAGAAUAUUAAAAAAUCAAGCUAAAGACAAUCCUCAAAAUGGCAAAAAAAUACUGAUGAGGUUAUAGUUAAUACUUUAAUUUGAUUAAGUGUGUAUGCGUAUGUGUUUUACUAGCAAACAACGGCGUAAGCAAAAAUUAUAAAUUCGCGCAUUAGACGAAGAAUAACUUAGCCAUCUUACGUUUUCAAUCCUUGGCACAAAUUAUAGUAACCUGAUAUUGACUUAACAUAAACUUAAAUUAAUAAAUGCGAAAUUCGCAGUCGUACAGCUGGAAAUCUCAUUACAACGUAAAACAUACAGACAAUUUUAAAUGUUUUAUUUCGGUUUGAACUACAUUUUUAAGUGCACACUACCUGUUGUGAUAUUUAUAGAUUUAAUUUAUGAAAAUAUAAUAUGGAAAUUUCAAUAUAUGGACAAGCUUAUAUGAAUGGUGAUUGAAAGAGCUAUGCUGAUAGAAACUGUAAACUUUGGUUAAUAUAUUGCUUAUGAACUCAAUUAGCAACAGACAUUUUGUAAAGUACAAGAAAAAUGGAAAAUGUUGCAACUUGUUAAAACAUAAAUUUUUGCAAAACAACCCAAG